GGUAUAUCUCUCUCAACACCUGUGAGAUGAUGGUCAGAAGUCUCUCAUUUCUGCUUCUCUUUGCCUUCCUCUUCAUCUCUUGUCAAGCAAGAUCCACCACAACAACUCAGCCUCAGCUUCUCAGAACCUUCAAGAUCAAACCCAACCAGACUGCAAGGAGCUGUUCAUACAUACUGACCACCAAAACAAGCUGUUCCUCAACAUCAUACACCAGAGACAAAGUCAGUCUCGCAUUUGGUGAUUCUUAUGGCAACGAGGUCUAUGCAGCAAGACUAGAUGAUCCAGCUUCGAGGACGUUUGAGAGGUGCUCUACGGAUACGUUUCAGAUUCAAGGGCCAUGUACAUAUGAGAUUUGUUACAUCUACUUGUUGAGGGUAGGAUCGGACGGUUGGAAACCAGAGAGUGUGAAGAUCUACGGUCCUAAUACGAGGGCUAUUACAUUUUACUAUGAUACUUUUUUACCCAAUGGGGUGUGGCUUGGGUUCAAUCAUUGUAAGAGUGUGUCCAGGUCCAGGUCCAGGUCCAGCUCUGCAGUUAUGUAGAAGAGGCCAAUGUGAGUUACUUGGCUUUAAU